CACACGCACACUGCGCAACAAUAACAUCGGGCCCCAAAAAAAAAAGACGACGGACACUACUUCGUCGUGAAUUGUAAAAUACAAAAAAAAACGCAUUCGAACGCGCUAGUUUGUUUUUUUUUCACGUGUAACUACGCCAAAAAAAAGGGCAAAGGAAUUAAGCAGCAAAAAAAAGGAGAAAAUCGGCGCAGCAACAACAACAAGAGCGCCGCAUAUAUGUGUGUUUGUGCAAGUGCAAGGCAAACAUAAACAACGCGCGUGUGUGUGUGUACAACGAAAAUUUUGUAUAAAUCAAAUUUAUAUAUAAUUUUUUUUGUUUUUGCCAUUAUUGUAUGCCUUAAAGUGAUCACAGAAAUCUAAAGGCCAACACAAAUAACAAAAAAUAAUUCGAACAAACCGAUUGUCUAGUUCUAACAAAUUGUAUAAAACAAAAAAAUACAAAAAAAAACCGAACAAAAUAAUAGAAGAGAAAAAAAAAGUAGGAGCUGAAUGCUAACCGGUAAAGAUAGCGGUAAACUGCGAGGGAGAAGGACCACAAUAACAACAACAACGACUGCAGGGGGGACUCGGAGGAACAACAACAACAAAGUGCAUAUUCUUCCUUCUCCUUCUCCUCCUUUUCGACUUCUUCCCGAUUUACGGUUAUAAUGGACACCAUCUGUAGAUUGUGCUUCCAAACGGCAACGUUAUUCCAAGUGCCCGGCUAUAGCAUACCCACGUGCGUCCGCUGCUCGGAGCAGUUGACAAAUAAUUCCAACUUCCAUCAGUCGGCGGCAGCCGCUGCCGCCGUCGCUGCCUCUGCCUCGGCCGCAGUCGCCGCCUCCGCAGCGGCGGCGGCCACCUCCUCAUCGACGGCCUCCUCCAGCGACAGCGACGCCAUCGCGCAGCAGCACCAGAACCCGCAGCAGCAGCAUCCAAACUCGCAACAGCAGCAGCAGCAGCAGCAACAGCAAAUGCAAUCAUCCAGUUCUUCCGAGAACCUACAGUCGCAGGACGACUCCGAAGACGUGGAUCUGAUAUUCAACGAGGAGGGCUCCUGCCCGCUAUGCAACAAAACUUUCUCGCGCAAAUCCUCGCUCAUGACGCACAUACGAAAUCACUCGGCGGAGCGUAAGUUUGUGUGCACCUACUGCCACAAAGGCUUCACGCAGGCGGCCAACUUGCGGAACCACGAACGCAUUCACACGAACGAUCGGCCAUAUCAGUGCGUGGACUGUGGAAAGACCUUUACGCAGAUCACCAAUCUGAACAAUCACCGCCGACUUCACACUGGAGAACGACCCUUCGUCUGCAAUGAACCGGAGUGCGGUCGCAGUUUCGCCCAGGUGACGAAUCUGAACAACCACAUGAAGUCGCACCACAAGGUGCAGCAGUACUGCUGCAACGUGUGCAACAAGAAGUUCACGCAGGUGACCUCGCUGAACCAGCACCUGCAGGCGCACGCCGGGGUCACCGGCUACUACUGUCCCCGCUGUCCGGAGAAGAACUUCAAGCUGCAGUCGCAGCUGCACACGCACAUGAAGACCCACGGCCUGGCCUUUCCGUACGAGUGCGACAAGUGCGACGAGAAGUUCCUGCAGCAGGCGCACCUCGACCAGCACCUCAAGAUGCACGACGAGUUCAAGUUCAAGUGCGACAUCUGCCCGAGCAGCUUCAAUCAGGAGUCGCUGCUAAAGAAGCACGUGCAGCGCCAUGUGGAGGGUCGCUACCUCUCCUGCCCGGUGGCCAACUGUGCCGAGUCCUUUGCGGUGCGCCAGCACCUGUCCAAGCACCUGCUCACCAACCAUGCCCACCACGAACUGCCGCCACCCAAGCGCUCCAAGAAGACGGGCUCGCUGCAACAGCCGCUGGCCAUGAUCGGCCAGCCGUUGUCCCUGCAACACACGACGGGGCAGCGUGGGCGUCCGCCGAAGAACAAGAACAAGGCCACAGCGGCGCUGGCCGCCACGGCCAUCAAGAUCGAGAUCAACGAACCGCUCCACAGCAGCCAGCAUAUCAGCAGUGUCAGCGGUCUGUCCCUCCAGCAGCAGAUCACACACAUGCAGCAACAGGCGGCACAGCAGCAGGCGCAGCAGCAGCAGCAGGCGCAACAGCAGCAGGCGCAGCAGCAACAGCAGGCGCAGCAGCAACUGCUGCACCUGCCGAUGGGUCAGGCGGUCAAGGCGCGCUUCAUACCCACUAAGUAGGCUAGUUUAGGAUGGAAAGGUCUCUCUUAGCUUAAGCCCCGAACGAUCAGCUGCUAAAAUCCCUGAUUAGCAUAGCCAUAGCCAAAGUAGCAUCACAUUCAACCAACAAACACACGCGAAAUACCAUGAAAUAUGAUAUUGCGGAUGGUUCGGAAAUGCCUAGAGAUCUCUGAAUAGGUUUUACUGUCUGAGUUGAGAUAUUAAAAAUAUAUUCUUGUCAAGUUUAGGACUUUCAACAAGCAAAUGCUAAACUUUUUUUACUUUACCAAUGCAUGAGAAAAAUGUAUUUACUUACUUUAAUUUCACUCGUAUUAUUUUUCAAAAUAUUUAUACAAGUGAAAUUGGUAAGAACCAAAGGUUCUCCAACGCCGAAAUCGAAAACCUUUGCAAUCGAAGUAGAUUGAGAGAUUGAGUAGAAUGUUUACAAACAAAAUAGUGCUAUAGUAACUAUAGCCACUGUAAAGUUUAUUUACAUUUUUACUUUUACAAAUAUUUGGUUUCAUAAAUUCUGUUUUAUAACAACUUUGAAAAAUACUUUUGUAUAUGUUGCAACUGAUAUACUGAUAUAUUUAAACUUUAUACUGUUUGUGACUUGACAUAAAUAUUUCUGAUUAAGGAACCGCAGUUAAAUAAUAUUUUCGAAGGUGUUUCGGAAGUCUGCGCCACCCCUUAUUAUAUGAGUUUACUCGUAAAAUAUGUUAAUUCCCACAUAAAAUUGUAUUCAAAUACAUUGAAACCAUGAUUGAAUUUGAAAAAAAUAUUUUCCAGUGUCACCACUCAACUUCGACAAAAAAAACUAGUUUUGAGAUCGGCAUAGAGAUUUCCAGAACAUCCCGAAUUUAGAGUCGGCGGCAAGCUGCUGGUUCAGUUUGGUGUCUGUCUCCUCUUUUUUUUCCCUGUCUUAAAUUUUCCAGCCAAAGCAAUAGACACACCAAAUGGCCCCUUAAAAAAAUCGAAAGUUAAACAGCUAUGUAUAACAUUUAGAAACAAAAAGCAGCACCAGAUGGACAGACAAAAACACAACGGACUAACAAAUAUGCACAUAAACGCCCACAUCUUUAUAUACAUAUAUUAUAUAUACAUGAGGUCAGGUUGAGAAAUCUGGAACUUAAAUCGAAUUAAAAUUAACAUUUUAAUGUAAUGCAAAGGCACAGCGAAACAGAAAUAAAAAUGUUGAAAAAAUCAGAAAGCAAAUACAAAUUACCUACAAUUAAAAGUAAUUAUGCAUAGAGAAAAGCAACAAAAACAAGAAGUAACAAACAGAAAUUCGAUUAAAUUUGGUAUGUAUUUAUGUUAAGCAUUAGUUUAAGUGUUUUUAUUUUUUUUUAAUAAAUCAUUACAAAAAAGAAGCAACCUAAAGAAAGGAAACAAGUUAA